CCGAAGGCUAGACUCUUCGACAUAACAGUGUUUCAGCAGCCAGUCCGCAUCUCGUAUCUUGCCAUAGACCCUACUACCCUUCAGCAUCACGUCCACAAGUUGCUCCAGUAUCCAUGGUUUUCCGAUUUGGAUGCGAACCCUACACACUCGUACUGUUAAGGAACGCCGUCUCGGGGGGUUACGGUGUUGUGGCUGUGCCGUACUACACAAAACGCCGUGUGAAAGCCGCGCUUCUGACUGAAUAGUUACUCGGUGUCGGUCGCGUACGGUCACCUCGAGGUAUUCAACUGUCAAAUAAGUACAUGCAUUCUACAUGCAUCUCGACUCGAACCAGAAAGGAGGGUAUAUUACAACUAUCACUACCCUUCCCCGCUUUUUCCCUCCUAGUUGAACCCCCACCGCCAUGGCGAGGACAGUCAAGAUCUCGCCUUCAACUCAGUCCUUCGCGUCCGAUCGCAAACAACAGCAUGACGCCCCUCCUGUUCCUCCUGUACCCCCACUCAAGGCAAGGCCCCCGCCUACUCUGUGGUCACACCUUCCCACGUGGAUCUCGAAAAACCUACGCUCGAAGAGGUCCUGGAAGAUAAUGGUUAGAUCAUGUAUAGCUUCGUGGGUGGCAUAUUUGAUCAUACUGCCGAAUGCGUCACUGCGAACGCUCGGUACGGUCGGAUUCUUUGCGUUAUUAACAAGCAUGUUUGUGCCACCCUACCUACCUGUACAACUCUUUUUCUUUAUCAUGACUACUGUUGAGGUUGGGCUCCUUUUGGGAUGGGGUAUCGGUGCAGCUGCCAUGCGUGCGGCCAAUGAGUCUCGAGAUCCAUCUGUCCUACAAGCGUCGAUGGCCGUUCUAAAUGCAAGCAUAGCAGCUAAUCCGGUCUUUCAAGCCAAUCCUGCGCUAGCACAAACCACCGCAAUUUACCAUGGUGUCUUUCUGGAUACUCGCGCUUCAGUGGUGUAUGGAUGCUUCCUGGGGCUUGGAGCUUUCGUGAUGGGUCUUUUCCGUGCGUACGCGCCAACUCUGGUAUUCCUUAGUAUCUUUGGAACUAUUGCAAUGGACAUUUUUGCCACCUACGGGCCUUUAUUUCCAUCCGCUCGCUACAACUUAAUGAACUCGAUGGCCAUAUCGGUUUCUUGCUAUAUGGCUAUUGCGAUUUUGACGACCAUAUUUAUUUUCCCCGAAAGCAUGAAUCACUCGCUUAUUAACGACAUAUUGGAACAGCUGGACCGUUUGAAAGAAAUAGUGGAGACCCAAGACGAAGUCUUGCGUACACCGCCUGAGCACCUGAUUUCCGAACAUUCACCUUUAAUCAAGGAGGCCAAAGCGGCUAGGGCGACAGUCGUACUCUCUCAGCAACAGCUUAUGGCUACGUCCCGGUUUAUCCACUUGGAAUUCAGUCACGGUAGAUGGAAUGGCGAUGACGUGCUGGAUCUGUUGGAACCACUCCUCACACUUGUCACUCGAGUUGCUGGUCUCCAGAGCUUCUCUCAGCUCAUCUGCAUGUCCCAACAUCUCUUCGAGCGCCUCCGUUCUGAUUCUACCACCACAAUUCCCGAUACCAGUGACGGCUAUCUACUCCGGCGAUUCCACGAGCGUAACGAGGUCAUCGAAGUGGAACACAAGGUCCACGUAUCUGAGGUCCUUCCCAUCAUCGACCGCUCUACGGGUCCCCUCCGACAAACCGUCUCGAAUGGUAUCGAAGUGAUCAAGCGUUCGUUGAACCAUAUCAAUCAAUACCGCUGGAGUCGCAACGCAGAUAUGGACGCACAGGCGCGUGUGGAGCUAGAUAAAGCCAUCGAGCAGCUCCAGUCUUCCCUUGAUGAAUUCAAAAAGACCAACAGACUUGCUCUGAUCAACCCUUUUAUGCCCAUCCUCAACAAGCCCGAGCUCAUCGAAGGGAGCCAGACCCUUCCACUCCGCUCGUUGUACGUGUCAUACGUGUUUGCUACGUCGAUGAUCAAUGUGGCCGAGGCCACGUUGGGAUUGAUGACACUUGUGAGCGAUACUAUGGAGAAGAGGAAGGCUAACCGGUUGUGGGCCCCUAAGGGCCUGAGAAAGCUUUGGAAGAUCCUCUCAGCGAAGGGUGACCAGGCGAAUGGGGUGCUUGGAGAAGACGUGUCGCCCCAUGCUAUUGGUCGGGAUAUGUUGGAGGAGCACGAAGUGGAUCAUCGACGCGACCCGGAUAGCAGGCCGCCGACCAAUGCUUUCCAGAGAGUCAUGCAUUAUAUCUCUACCGUGUAUCGCUGGAUGGAGACUCCGGAAGCUAUCUUCGCCUUCAAAUACAUCUUCAUUUCUAUCGCUCUUUGGAUUCCUUGUGUGGUUCGGUCUUCCGCAUUCUUUUACUACAGGGAGAAGGGCAUUUGGGCACUCAUCAUGGCUCAAACGAUGAUUAAUCUGUACGCUGCGGAUCAGAUAUACAAUCUGGUAAUCCGUUUGACUGGUACUUUCGCCGGACUCGUCGCCGGCCUUCUCGGCUGGUACCUAGGCGAGUUAUUAUCAGAGUGUAGGGAUGACUUUGUCUUUCUCAUGUUCCACACAGGCAAUGCUAAAUCACACGGGAAUGUCUACGGAUCCGCUGCAGCAGUAGGCUUCUUACUCAUCCCUAUAGUUUUCGUUCGCCUUUUCGGUCCCUACAAGUAUCUUCAGGGGGUUGUUCUGGCAUGUGCUACAUUUGCUCUCAUUGUUGGAUAUUCGUGGAUAGAUGGGCAUUUACCUCAGCUGGCUACCCCUGGCCAAGGUUGGUCCGUCGCCUGGAGGCGCUGGGUUUUGGUUGUCAUCGGUUCGGGUGCAUCUUUCGUAGUCAUGAUGCUACCCCCGACUUCAGGCCGAAAAGCCGUACGUCUACGAAAUGCAUCAUCGAUAGCAUCGCUGUCAAAGCUUUACGGACACCUCAUAUCAGCGUGGAUAUCACAGGUAGACCUUGACGAAGAAAAGGAUGAACGGCAAGGAGAGCAAGUCAAGACGAAGUGGAUGAAGGAAUUCCGUAACAAAGUUAUGGGAGCUUCGGUGGAGAUGCGCACAAUACGGGAGCUAACGGAGCUAGCGACAUGGGAAGGAAGUCUACGUGGCAAGUGGCCCAGGGAGGAAUACGUACAGCUGGUGGAGGUGCAGAUUGAAAUGGUAUCGAGUUUGUCACAGCUUGGAGGCGCACUUAUGCAGCUUGACGACGCUUGGCGGGUGACUUUUCUCCAUCAUACUGGCGUGCUGAAUCCCAACUUUAUUUCGGAUGUCAUGGGCCUUUUUUCGCUUGUAUCACAGUCCUUGCGUACUGCUGAGCCGAUACAUCAAGUUCUUCCAGAGACUCUUCUGGAGAAACUGUUUUACCACCAAAGCAACUAUGCUAGCCGGGACACGCUGACAUCGGAAUUUGCUACCUCGGUGGACUACAUGUAUUAUGCUGCUGGUGUGGUUGCGGUGUAUCAGCUGUUGCAUUCUCUUGACGAACUUCAUCACAUAACAAAGACGCUUUGCGGGGAGGUACCCUUGAGAGGAUUUACCAGGUGGAAGGCUGAGUUUGAACAUUCUAGGACGGAGCUUCGUGCACUAUAG